ACCAUAAUGGAAGGCAUGGGAAACUUGCUGUAUGAGGCAGCAUUAGAAGGCAAUCUGACAACCCUAACAGAUUUGCUCAACCAAGAUAGACUAGCCCUUGACAGGUUCGUCGUCGGUAGUUUCUCCGAGACGCCUCUCCACGUAGCAGCCAUGCUUGGCCACCACGAUUUCGCGAAGGAGAUUUUGCGCCGGAAACCUGAACUUGCACAAGAGCUGGAUUCGAAACGAUCCUCGCCUCUUCACUUGGCAUCGGCGAAAGGGUAUCUGGGAAUAGUGAAAGAGCUGCUGAGGGUUAACCCUGACAUGUGUUAUGCACUUGAUCGAGAUGGAAGAAACCCUAUUCACCUUGCUGCCAUGAAAGGCCGGGUUGGAGUGUUGAGGGAGUUGGUCAGAGAGGCGCCUAGUGCUGCUAGGGCCACUGUAGACGAGGGAGGGACUGUGUUUCAUUUAUGUGUGAAACAUAAUCAGCUGGAGGCUAUAAAGGUUCUGAUGGAGAUCAUGGAUGAUUACGAUCAAUUUCUGAAUGCCAAGGAUGACUAUGGAAUGACCAUCUUGCACCUGGCAGUCCGUGACAAACAGAUUGAGACAGUAAGGUUUUUGCUUCUGAAUGGUAGAGCGGAGGUGAAUGCUGUAAAUGCAAACGGCUUCACAGCACUGGACGUCCUAGCACAAAGUCGUAGAGAUGUGAAAGAUUUCGAUAUUUCAGAGUGCCUCCGAGGAGCUGGAGCCUUAAGAACUGGUCCAGAUAGAAGCACCAGCAAUAACCACAUCAUGAUGAACUUGCCCUCAUCACACAGAACUGAUGUCAGAACUACUGAAUAUGCAGGCGUCAAUAAUAAACACAGCAUCAGUACUAAGCCGGGGCCAGUAAGGGAUUGGAUUUCAAAGAGGAGAGACGCAUUGAUGGUUGUGGCAUCACUGAUCGCAACCAUGGCGUUUCAAUCUGGUCUCAACCCUCCCGGUGGGCUUUGGCAAGACGACUUGGCAGGCCACCAAGCAGGACAAGCAAUCAUGGCUUUCAGGGACCCAAAACAAUACUACUACUACCUCUCUGCCAACACGAUUGGUUUCAUUGCCUCCCUCAGCAUCAUCUUGCUGCUCGUCACAGGGCUUCCUUUCCAGCGCAGGUUUUUCAUGUGGCUUCUAACGGGCAUCAUGAAUUUGGCGAUCACAUCGAUCGCUUUUACUUACGCCGAAUCGAUUUUCAUUUUCACGCCAAAAGAUCAGGAGAACAGUGUAAAGAAAGUGAUCAAGUAUGGUAUAUUCGCGUGGUCCUUCGUCAUGUCCCUUCUUUUGUUACUGCAAACACUGCGGCUCCUGGAAAUUCUGACUGACAAGUUAAUGCCGAAAAGAAGAGAUCGAGUACGCACUGCCUUCACAGAUAGUUUGCCCUAA